ACGGAAACUGCUGGGAAGGGGGGAGCGUUCAGUAACGGGAACUGCUGGUCACGAGUUGUGUGUGCUGUGUGUAUUCUGCGCCGAUUUCUUUCCUGGCUUUGUUUCAGCUGUGAGUUGUGAAGUUGUUAGUGCUAAGACACGCGAUGAAAAUGAUUCCAAAAAUUAUUGUCAUCGCACUGUGUUGUGCUUUUACAUUGGCACUAGAUGCAAAUGGUACUUUCCCAAUUCAACCCUCUCCAACCCUGAGCCCUAUUCAACCAACAACAUCAGGCACAACAACUAAAACUACAACUUCUUCUACUCCUCCUCCUACAACUACACAUAAAACUACUACCACUUCAACUGCACCAACAACCCCUUCAACCACAGCACCAUCAACUGAACAUCCCACUUCUACAACUCCAGAGCCUACAACUACUGUUGUACCACCUACAAAAGGACAUUUUGUUGUCAAGGAUGGAAAUAAAACCUGCAUUAUAGCUGAUUUGGCUAUUCAAGUAAAGUUUGUUAAGGACAAUGCGACCUGGGAAUUUGAUGUGCCAGCUAACGCAUCUAGUAAUGGAGGUAUUUGUAAUAAUGAAACUCAAGAACAAGAUCUUGCCCUGUCUUGGGAUGAUGAACAAGGGAAGCUCUUUACACUGAACUUCCAGUUUAGCAAGAAUGAUACUUCUAAAAAGUUUGUGGUGUCUCAAAUAACUCUGGGAGUUCCUCUACAGAACAAGACUCUCAAUUUGACAGAAGAGGAGCCUAUGUUUUCAACGUCUGUUUCAAAAUCAUAUCGAUGUGAGAAGGAACAAGAAAUUAAACUUACUGAAGAAGGGACAAACACCACAUAUGCAGUUCUGAAGGUCAGCAAACUUCAAUUGGAGGCGUUCCAUACCUCAGAAGAUGAAAAAUUCUCAGCAGCUGAAGACUGUGCUGGUUCCUCUUCACCAGAUAUUGUGCCCAUUGCUGUGGGCUGCGCUCUGGUGGGACUCAUAGCAAUUGUGCUUAUUGCAUACCUGGUGGGUCGUCGGCGCUCACAGGCCAGAGGCUACCUCAGCAUGUGAACACAGAUGCCUAGUUGCCCAGCGGGAAGCGCUCCUGCUGCUGCUGCCGCCACCGCCGCUGCUUCUACUGUUGUCGCUUGUGGCUGAGGGAAGCGCUGCCGCUUGGGAACUAUCUGACGAGACUUCCACAAUGUCUUUUGUACUGCUUCUUGAUGCUAAAGACUGCAAUCUUUUGGCAUUUUGUAUUGACUUUGUGCCUACUGAAGGGAAUUCAUUGGAACAGUUAUUUAAUAUUGCAAGUUUGCUUCAUUUUCUUUGUUGUUAAUCUUCUGGUGACUGUCAAUUAUUUUGGUACAGGUAGUUAUGCCUUAGUGUUUAAAUUUGUAAUGUCAUGGAAUUAAGUUUUGCAAUAUUUGAUUUGUGCGUUAGUUUCAUUCUUUAGUUGUUGUUUAUUGUAGCUAUUAUCAAAAUAUUUUAAAUUGCUGAAGGUUUCUAGUUAAAACAAUUGUAUUUGAGUUAAUUUAGUGUACAUGAAAAGGAAAACAGAAGUCAUUCUUGUCAUGACAUGUUAAGUCAUGUUAACAUAGAUUUGUGGUGUUGAAAUUCGAUAUUGGGAAGGAUUAAUAAUUUGAGUAAUAUCAAUUUUCAAAAUUGCUCAUCUAAGCAGUACUAAAAAUCUUGUGGCUUUGAAUUGCUACAAUGGCCUCCUUACCAGCGAGGUAUAAACUACCUUUAUUUUAAAGAAUUGCAGUGAUAUCUUUUUUUUUAUAGACUAUGACAGCAAGUUUGUCUGAUGCACUUACUUUCUUUCCUCUUUAGCGAACCUCUGAAUAAUUCAGUCUUAAAAAAAUAGCUUUAAAACACACUUGUAUGUGAGAGAAAAUAGUUGUAAGGAAAAUAUUAUUUCUUCAACUGGAAUUUGCAUGUAUAAAAAUUUAAUUUACUCAAGCAGAACAAAGUGAAGCCUAGGUAAUGAAAGAAUAACUUAUUUUGUUAUUUUUGUAUUUAGUCAAGUAGUUGGGACCAGAAUUUGGAAUUCGUGAAUCGUGGUGCAAAUUCAUCUUCAUUAAUUAAAAUACAAAACUGAAGAAUAAUUAGUAACGGUUUGUUGGGCACUGUAGUAUUUGACUUGCUGUUGCUAGUAUGUGACAAGGAUAUUAGUUAUUUUUAAGAUGUACAAUUUGAGAAUGCCUUUUUGUCUACUAGUCUGUAUUGAAUAGUAUAUUUAGGUAAAUGGUGUUAAUUUGAAUGCUGUAGACUUUUUUUCUUUGCUGAAAAAAGAUAUUACUGCACUGUUGCCUCCUUUUGCACAUAGUGCAACUCCAGUCUGAUAUUGUUUGUGCGGUAGUGAAAGUGUGUGUUGGCGGCAGCUGAUAUUGAAGAGGUAUGCGAACAGCAAACUAAUUUAUCUGUGAUUUUGUGAAGGCUGUUUCUAAAUUGGAAGUCGAGAUGUUACUUUUUAUUCUUCGAAGUGGUUAUUGUUCAGCCUUCUAUUUACAUUUGAGUUAUGUACACCAUUCCAGGAGUUGAUGCCCACUUUUGAGGAAAGUGUUUAUUUUUAAUUUGUUAUUGAUCUGAAUUAUUAGUAAAAUUUUAAAUUUCUGUGUAAAUGGUCUUUUAUUGCUUAGAGUUCCAUCCAUCUGCCUUUACUGCUUAGAGUUCACAUGUGUUCUAAUUGUGUGCAUGUCCCAUGCUUGCUUACAUCUAGAUUCAUUUUGGCUCGAAAAAUGUGUACUCUCGAAAACUUCCCCCAUCAAUUUUUGCCUGAAGAUUGUUCAUAUAUUAGCUGAUAGUUGAUUCUUUUUCUUUAUUGCAAGUUGAAAUGCAGAAAUUAAAGUAAAAUAAAUUAUCAGUGCAGUUCCCACAUUUUGUUAUUUAACUGAUGCUUUGAGAAUUAUAUAUGAAAUAGCAUAGAUGAUUUUGAAUAAUCUGUUACUUUUUACUAGUCUGAGAAAUGAACAUUGAACCUGUUUUACAUGAAUUGAUAGAGCAAUAGCAUUGGCUGUGUGCAGUGGCCAGUGACGAGAGGUGCAAAUAGGAGGGAGUUCCAUUGUAUAUAAAGCAACUGAAAAUUCCUCUUGUCAAACUAUUGGUGCAAUGUUAUGGUUUCUUUGGAAAGAUGUAAAGAUUCUUGUCAUUGAUAUUUGUACAGUGUAAGGUUUCUACAGAGAAAAAUAAAUUUUAUGUGAGGAAGUGAAAUGAGAGUGAAUACUUUAAAUAUUUGUACAUUUGAUUUCCACAGAAAUUGAUUUCUUGCCAGGAAAAUUCAUUACGAAACUUGUUGACUUGUCAUCUGAUUUUAAUAGCAAAGCAACUUUAUAUUAACCAGGUUGACUGGUUCAAACCUUAAAAAAAAAGGUUUGUGUGAAGUAUUGUUUUUAAAUUUAAAUGUCCCCCAAUUACAAUACCAUUGAAACUUUGAUUUUAUGAUUUCCUGAAAUUAACGUCGUAUCAGAGUAGUACCGGCAAAACAUCCAUAUAAGUAAAUGUAUAAUUUUCUGCAAUUUUGUUUUCGUAUACUUUGCAAAGUCCUAUUGCAUAGUAAACUCCGAUUUUGAGAGUUUUGCAUGGCAGGACACUUAAUUUAGAUGGA